AUGGCUAGCCCUCCUGUGCUAGCUUUCGAUGCUGAGGGACGUCCAGUGAAGUUUGACACCUGGCUAGAUGACCUGCACCUCUUCCUACAGCUCACUGCCAAGGAGGACAUCUCACUGUACGAUCACGCCCUAGGCCAUGCCACUGCACCUGCUACUACUGCUGACAGCUCUACCCGCUCACAGUGGCAGACUCGUGACGCCCACGCUCGCUUUGCUAUUCGCAACUCCCUGCCGAUAGAUGAGCGCGAGCACUUUGGCCAGCACAAGACUGCACAGGAACUGUACAAAGCUGUCGUUGCCCGCUACUCCUCACCUGCCUCUGCCGCACUAGGCCGUCUCUCGCUUCCCUACCUGUUCCCCGACCUGUCCUCUUUCCACACAGUCGCUGACCUCAUCACGCACCUCCGCACUAGUGAGGCUCGCUUCCGCGCCGCUAUGCCUGAUGAGUUCCUUGCCAAGAACCCCCCCCCGCUCUGGCUCACUCUCUACCACCUAGUCACCCGCCUCCCUGACUCUCUGCGUGCAGUCAGGGAUUCCUUCCUAGCUCGCUGCCCUACUGAGCUCACCAUUGCCCUCCUCGAGAAGGAACUACUUGCAGCUGAGGCUAGCAUAGUCGCUGUAGGUGCCUCUCGUGGCGACCCUCGCACCCCGUUCUUUGAGGGGUGUUCUCCUUCCCCCCUUCUUCCCUCUGUCGCCUCUGCUGCUGCUGUCGACCUCCUUGGUGCUGAGAAGGUCGGGACUGCGUCUACUUCGAGCGGACGCCGCAGCGGCAAGGGCAAAGGGGGCAAGGGAGGCGGAGGUGACGGCGGGGGAGGAGGAGGUGGGGGCGGUGGCGGCGGUGGGGGUGGUGGCGGGGCUGGAGCGGCGGGGGAGGUGGCAGGGGCGGGGGCGGUGGUGGGGGUGGCGGUGGACGCGGCAGCGGCAGGGGUUGGGGUGGUCGAGGAGAUGGGGGCGAAGGUGGUGGUCGUGGAGGCGCUAGCGGUGGCCAGAGCCAGCAGCCCACUCCGUCGCCCCAGGAAGUCCGUGAGUGGUACGCUCAGCACGGGGGGGGGGGGGGGGGGUGGCUUUACCUGCACGUAUGUCAUUCGCACUGGUGACCGCACUGGUCAGCCGUGUGGGGGACCACACGCUACGCAGCGCUGCUUCGCUCGCCUCAACGACGCUUGGCGUGUUCAGUUCCCUCAGGCCACUGAGCUGCCCCGCUGGGUUGAUCUCCUGAAGAAGGGGAUUGAUAUCUAUGCUCUAGACUUUGAUGCUAUUCUCACUGCCAUGUAUGUGAUGUCUACUAGUGGAGAGGGUGCUGAGUACCUGUGUGUUCCGCCCGACCCGGGCAUUAGGACCAGUGCGUCUGCCGCUUCAGGUCCUCGCGUGUCUGCUACCUCAGGUGCUGGUGAGGCUGCUGCUCUAGGUGCUUGUGCGUCUGCGCCCCCUGGUACUGAGUCGACUGAGGCACUACACACCUUCACACUGGACUCAGGUGCUUCUCGCUGCUUCUUUCGUGACCGCACUGUCCUUGAGCCGCUUGCUCGGCCAGUUGCUGUCUCCCUUGCUGACCCCUCUGGGGGCCCGGUAGUUGCGACCCCCUCGACUGUCCUUCCUUGUCCUGCGGUCCCGUCCGGCACACUGUCAGGUCUCCACCUCCCCUCGUUCUCUACGAACCUGGUGGCAGGGUGUGCGCUCCAGGACGCGGGUGUUCACCAGUUCACCCCUGCCUACGAGCGCGUGACACACUGCACGUGUGCUCGUACGGGCCGCCACUUGGCUACCUUCACUAGGCAGCCGGGGUCGGACCUGUACACACUGACCACUGAGUCCCCUCAGGUCGCUGCGUCUGCGUCAGGUCAGCUGUCGGCCCCCUGCUCGUGUCGCUCUCUGGCGCACGAGACUGUCCUCUGGCACCACCGACUUGGCCACCCGUCUGUGCAGCGCCUUCGUGCCAUGCACAAACGGGACCUUGUUGCUGGUCUUCCCAGGGUCCUCCCUCCCCUCCCACCCUCGCCUGCUCCUCCCUGUCUUCCCUGUGUCGAGGGGCGGCAGCGCGCCGCUCCUCACUCCUCGUUUCCCCCGACGACUGCUCCCUUGCAGACGCUCCACAUGGACGUGUGGGGCCCAACCCGCGUCCGUGGUCAGGGCCAGGAGAGGUACUUCCUGAUUGUUGUUGACGACUACUCGCGCUACACCACGGUCUUCCCCUUGCGCACCAAGGGUGAGGUCCCUGAUGUUUUGAUCCCUUGGAUCCGCAGAGCUCGUCUCCAGCUCAGCGAGCGUUUCCACUCGGACUUUCCUGUCCUGCGCUUGCACUCUGACAGAGGUGGUGAGUUCUCCUCCGACCUCUUGGCAGCCUACUGUGCUGAGCACGGCAUUGAGCAGUCGUUCACGCUUCCGGACUCUCCACAGCAGAAUGGGGUUGCGGAGCGCCGCAUUGGCCUAGUCAUGGAGGUCGCUCGUACCUCCCUGAUCCAUGCGGCUGCCCCCCACUUUCUGUGGCCGUUUGCGGUCCGGUACGCUGCGCAUCAGCUCAACCUCUGGCCCCGUGUCUCCUUGCCGGAGACCUCGCCCACGCUGCUGUGGACGGGGGAGGUUGGCGAUGCGUCGCGUUUCCGGGUCUGGGGAUCUCGAGCUUUUGUCCGCGAUACGUCCGCGGACAAGCUCUCCACCCGCGCUGUUCCCUGUGUCUUCCUUGGCUUUGUCCCUGACGCGUCUGGUUGGCAGUUUUACCACGCCACCUCGCGCCGUGUCCUGUCCUCUCAGGACGUCACUUUUGACGAGUCUGUCCCCUACUACCACCUCUUCCCCUACCGCACUGCCCCGCUCCCCCCCCCGCCUCUCUUCCUCGCGCCAGGUGCUGCUGUGGUAGACCCCCUCCCCCCUCAGGGUGCCGCUCCCUCAGGUGUGUCCCAGGUAGACCCGGUUGAGCCUGUUGAGGUAGCUGUUGACUCUCGUCCUGCUGGGGGUGCGGAGCCUGGGGGUGCUGAGCCUGGGGGUGCGGAGUCUGGGGGUGCUGAGCCUGGGGGUGCGGAGUCUGGGGGUGCUGAGCCUGGGGGUGCGGAGUCUGGGGGUGCGGAGUCUGGGGGUGCUGAGCCUGGAGUCCUACACCUGGAGGAGCUCUCUCCUCGGAGCAGCUGCGUGAGUGGUACUCAGAGUACUACUGAGACUAGUGCUGGUGCCUCCCCUCCUCAGCGGGAGCUGCCCUCUCUUGAGCGGAUCCGUGAGUGGUACGAGCGGCGCUGCACUCUCCGGAGUGGCGCGCCUGGUGUCGCGGACCCUGGUGCUGGAGGUGCUGCUGCUGGUGCUGGAGGCUCUCCUGGUGCUGCUGGUGCUGCGGACCCUGGAGUUGGAGCUGCUGCUGGUGCUGCGGACCCUGGAGUUGGAGCUGCUGCUAGUCCUGAGGACCCUGGUGCUGGAGCUCCUGCUGGUGCUGCGGACCCUGGAGUUGGAGCUGCUGCUGGUGCUGCGGACCCUGGAGUUGGAGCUGCUACUGGUGCUGAGGACCCGGACGUUGGAGCUACUGCUGGUGCUGCGGACCCUGGAGUUGGAGCUGCUGCUGGUGCUGCGGACCCUGACGUUGGGGCUACUUCUGGUGCUGAGGACCCUGGAGCUGGCGCUGCUGGAGCUGCUGCGGGUACUGGUGGUGUCUCUACUGGUUCUGGAGUCGCUGCGCGGCCCCGGCCGUACUUCGUUCCGCUCCUUCAGCAGGUUCUUGGUCAGCCUCCUCCUCCUUGUCCUGCUCCCUCCUUAGAGUGUCCACCGCCUGUCCAGUCACAGUCACAGUUACCGCCUGCCUCGCUGCUCCCUGGUCCUUCUCCUUACACUGGUCCCACAGGAGGUCUUACGGAGCGUCGUGAGCCUGAGUCUCGUCCUGUGUCGCCUGCGUCUCGCUCUGCGUCGCCUGUUCGUGCUGCUCGCACUGGUCGUCGUGUCCCGCGUGAGCGUCCUCCUCCUGUCCCUGGCACUCACUACAUGACUCUGCGUCCCUCCACUGCUCCUCAGCGUGUCCCUCUGCCGUCUCCUCCUGCGUCCUCUCUUCCUACUCUUCCUGACCCGGAGUCUGACUCCCUUCGUGCUGCCCGUCCUACUGUCACGCGUCUCCUCGCUACUGUUGUUACUGACCCUACCUUUGAGUCCUCUGCUGCGUCUGCUCUCGUCGCUGAGUUAGUUGACUUUGCUGCCGCUUGUCGUCUAGACUACGCCGCUUGCCUAGUUGCUGAGUCUGAGUCUAUCUGUCCUCCGUCCGUCGGGGGUGAGUGUGCUCUUGGCACGGACGUCCUUGAGAACAGGCAGGAGGAGUUCCAGUGCUUUGCUGCUGCUUUGCCUCAUCUCGUGUCCAUGCUAGUUGCCCCUGAGGGAGACCCGGAUGCACCAGACAUCCCGACCCCGCGCUCUUACGCAGAGGCGAUAGCGGGUCCCUACUCCUCUCAGUGGCAGACAGCCAUGGACGCAGAGAUGGCUUCCUGGAAGUCCACAGGCACCUACGUCGAUGCAGUUCCCCCACCAGGGGCGAACAUCGUCAGUGGCAUGUGGAUUUUCAGGGUGAAGCGGCCGCCGGGUUCUCCGCCUGUCUUCAAGGCGCGUUACGUUGCUCGAGGCUUCAGUCAGCGUGAGGGAGUCGACUUCUUCCAGACCUUCUCCCCCACCCCGAAGAUGACCACUCUUCGGGUGCUGCUGCACAUAGCCGCUCAGCGCGACUACGAGCUUCACUCUCUUGACUUCAGCACUGCUUUCUUGCAGGGUAGCCUACACGAGGAGAUCUGGCUGCGCCGCCCUCCUGGCUUCACUGGGUCGUUUCCUCCUGGUACCCAGUGGAGCCUCCGGCGGCCGGUCUACGGUCUCCGCCAGGCACCACGUGAGUGGCACGACACACUGAGGACGACACUUGCGGCACUUGGGUUCGCGCCUUCGAUUGCUGACCCGUCGCUGUUUCUGCGCACAGACACUUCGCUGCCGCCGUUCUACAUCCUCGUGUACGUCGACGACUUGGUCUUUGCCACUGCUGACACUGAGGCUCUCGCCCACGUGAAGUCGGAGCUGCAGAAGAGACACACGUGCACAGACCUGGGUGAACUGACAAGCUAUCUUGGCUUGCGGAUCACCCGGGACAGAGCACGGCGCACCAUUACCUUGACUCAGUCACACAUGGUGCAGCAGGUCCUUCAGCGCUUCGGCUUCACGUACUCCUCGCCUCAGUCCACUCCUCUGCCUACCGGUCACUCGCUCUCAGCUCUGCCUUCGGAUGAGUCCGUAGAGCCGAGUGGCCCGUAUCCAGAGCUUGUGGGCUGCCUCAUGUACCUGAUGACCUGCACUCGACCUGACCUUGCAUACCCUCUUAGCAUCCUUGCACGCUAUGUCGCUCCUGGCCGUCACCGGAAGGAGCACAUGGAGGCCGCUAAGAGGGUGUUGCGCUACUUGUGCAGUACGUCGGGCAUGGGGCUAGUGCUUGGAGGGCGAGACCGAGUUGUUCUCACUGGGCACUCAGACGCUUCUUGGGCGGACGACCAGGCCACUCAGCGGUCGUCUCAGGGUUACACCUUCAGCCUUGGCUCUGGUUCAGUUUCUUGGCGUUCUACACGUUCUUCUUCAGUUCUCAGCUCCAGUUGUGAGGCUGAGAUCUACGCCACAGCCAUGGCAGCCCAAGAGCUACGCUGGCUCACCUACCUGCUGACCGACUUGGGAGAGCGGCCUCGUUCUCCUCCAGUGCUGUACGUCGACAACAAGGCUUCCAUUGCCUUGUGUGAGGAGCACAGACUGGAGCACAGAACGAAGCACAUCGCUCUGCGGUACUUUCUGGCUCGAGAGCUGCAGCAGCGUGGUCAGCUUUGUCUGCGUUACGUGGCCACUCAGGCCAACACUGCUGACGUGUUCACCAAGGCGCUUCAGCCUUGUGACCAUCAGCGCUUCUGUACUCUUCUAGGCCUUGUGCCUACUGGACCUCACUUGCUUACUUCUUGA